AUGUUUUUGCCCAAGUUAACAAUAGAGGGAGUACUUGGAUUUAAUUUUAAAAAAUUCCAAAAAAUUAUAAAAAUAUCCAUUUUGGUUAUUUUACUUCUUCAAUGUCUUGUUAAUUAUUCCCAAGCAAGAUACAAGCGUUUUAUAAAAGAAGAAAAUUCAAAAUUGAUAAAUAAUGAGGAAUAUUUAAUACAAACUUGUGUGGCUUAUUGUGAUGCUCAAUUUGGGAGAGAAUUUGAGGAACACUUUGGACGCAGCUAUUUCACUCAAUUUUUUGAUUUUCCAAUUGAUUCAUUAAUUGUAUCUUCUCUCAACAAUUUUAAUUCUUUUUGUUCUCUAGUUGAGCAGAGAAGUUGUUGCCUUCAACAAGAAUGUCUUAAAUCUUCUGUGCCAGCUUCACCUCAAACACAUAUUUGUUUGGAGCAUAGAGCUGAUUUUGAAAGGGCGUUGGCUUGUUUAAAUUCCACCGUCCCCCACUUCAAAUUUCAUUCAAUCUGUUCAACAGCUGCAAAACAAAGUGUGGACAUUAAAAGGCUGGCAGAUGAGACUCACGGAUUUGACAUUCACUUAACAGAACAAUAUCGGCAACAGGAUCUUCGUUGCCGUUUUCAAGCCUGUACACUUUCGGCUAGGGUAAAAAUACGGGCAGACUUCUAUAGGAUAUUGGGCUGA